AAGGAAAACAAGAAAGAGAAAGAGAGAGAAGGAAAGAGAGAGAGAGAGAGAGUUUGUACGAGAAACAAAAGAAAACAAAAGAAGGAGAAGGAAAGAGAGAAGGAGAGAGGGCUAAUUAAGUGAGGAUAGAGAGAUAAAAAAGUGAGAAAUAGAUAGAAAAGACAGAGAAAGAGAGAGAGCGAGAUCGAGAAAGAGAAGAAAGGAGAGCAGUUAGAGGAGUGAGGGAUGGAGCUCCGAGCCGAGCUGCUGAAGAGCAUCUGGUACGCCUUCAACUCUCUGGACACGGAGGACAGCGGGAAAGUGUCCAAAUCACAACUAAAGGUACUUUCGCAUAAUCUAUACAGUGUGUUUCGGAUUCCUCAUGAUCAGGCGGCUCUGGAGCAGCACUUCAGUGAUGAUGACGACGGACCCGUUUCCAGCCAGGGAUACAUGCCCUACCUCAACAAAUUCAUACUGGAUAAGGUAGUGGAAGGCACGUUUGAUAAAGAGCAGGUGGAUGAACUGUGCUGGACACUCUGCUCUAAGAAGAACUAUCGUCCCAAUGGUGCCGCAGUUCUGUCCAAUAAAGACGCCGGACGCCUGUGGUGUCUCUUCAACUUCCUUUCUGAGGACAAAUACCCACUAACGCUCGUCCCCGAGGAGGUGGACUACCUGCUGAAGAAGAUCUGUGCGGGGCUGAGUGUGGAGCUGAACAGUGUGGAUGUGGAGGAGUUCUGGAGUCAGGAGUGUGUGCAGGAGGGCAUGAGUGUGUGGAGUUUUCUGGAGCUGGUGAACUCCGGGGUUCUGGGUCGAGGUCUGGAGAGAGAGCGUCUCAGCUCGGCUAUAGAGGACGUGUACCGGGAGAUGGUCGGAAACGUCCUGAAAGAGGGGUACCUGUGGAAGAAGGGUCACCUGAGACGGAACUGGACGGAGCGCUGGUUCUGUCUGAAGCCCAGUGUUCUGAGUUAUUACACCAGUGAGGACAGAAAGGAGUGUAAGGGCAACAUCGAGCUGGACCAGAACUGCUGUGUGGAGGUUCUCCCAGAGAGGGAGGGGAAGAGGUGUAUGUUCUGUGUGAAGACUCUUAAUAAGACGUAUGAAAUGAGCGCACCGGACAGCAAGCAGAGACAGGAGUGGACAGCAGCGAUCCAGCUGGCGAUCCGCCUGCGCUCUGAGGGGAAGAACUCGCUGCAUAAGGAGCUGAAGCUCCGGCGGCAGGAGGUGCGGGAGGAGCGGGAGAGGAGGCAAGCCCUCAGGGAGCAGGAGACCCAGAGACUGCAGGACCUGCAGGGGGAGAAGGAGCAGAAGCAGGUGGAGCUGGAGCUCCUGAAGGAGGCGCAGAAACAGGCUCAGGCUACGCUCCUGCAGGAGGAGGAGAGGAGGAGGAAGCAGCACCAGGAGCUGCAGAGAGCGCUGGAGGAGCAGCUGCAGCAGGCGGAGGAGGCCCGUGCGAGUAUGCGUGAGGAGAUGGCUCAGAAGGAGGUGGAGGCGGAGCGUCAGCGGAGGAGGAUCAGGGAGCUGGAGGAGCUUCAGCAGCGUCUGGAGGAGGCGCUGCACCAGGAGAUCAAAGCCAGACAGGACGAGGAGAAUUACAGAUACACACAAACCAGGCUCCUGGCGGAGGAGGAGGAGAAGACGAAGGCUCUGCUGUCUCUGCAGGAGGAGCAGGAGGAGCUGCUGGAGGAGAUGCAGAAGGAGAAGAGGGAGCUGAGGAGGGAGAUGGAGGAGAAAGCCGGGGCUCUGGAGGAGGCUCACAGACAGCUGGAGAGCGUCCGCGCCAGCAGACACAGGCUGGAUCAGGACAUAGCUGCGGCUCAGAGGAAGCAGAGACAGGCCAGCACCAACGUUAAACACUGGAACGUCCAGAUGACCCGGCUGAUGCACCCCAUCGGCCCUGGAGACCGCAGAGCUUCAGCUCCAGCCAUGCGAGUUCCGUCUCUGGGGGGCGGCGUACCUCCGGCCACCAGGAGCAGCGUCCACGAGACCAACCGGCAGAACGGAGACGGAGAAAAGGAGGAGAGGACGAACGGAGAGAACCCUCGAGCGCUCCACAAAGCUUAUUCUGAACCUGUGUAGAGCAGAGCGCACAUUAAAGCGAUAGUUCAACAACAUACCACAUGAUCAGAUCUAUUACUGAACACCUUCAGCCUGUUUAGAGGAGAGCGUGUGAUGAUUUAGCGCCUUGUAGUUAGCACCAUGCUAAUUGGUGGGGUGUGAGCUUCCAUUACUGGUUAGCUAGCUAUAUUAGCCUCGUAGCUCCAGUGUAAAACAUCAUGAAGCGUGAAGCAUUAAACAUUUCCUGGCUAAUUAACUACUGAACUUGCUGAACUAUCGCUUUAAAGGCAUCUCUGUGUUUUAUUAUUGUAAAUUCUCCAGACGAGGGUUACGGUUCGUUUAACUCUAAAGCAGGGGUGUCCAAACUUUUUUUGUUGGGGGCCAGAAGGAGAAAUAUAUUUGAAGUCACGGGCCACAGACUCUAUAAUAAAACAAAUAAUAAAAUAUACCACUUAUAAUUAAAUUAUACUUAUUAAAUAAUACUUUUUUCCUGAUGAUUUCAUUUACACACCAUUUUACUUGACUUACUAUCUUUAUCUUUGACAGUGUUGUGUAAACUAAGAUUUUUCAAAUUGAUGUUUCAUUUCAUGAUGUCUCUUAAUAUUAAACUCCAUAAUUACGGCAACUUUUAGACUCUUUGCCCCGUUUUUCUGCGCUAGAAAUGCGCACUCUCUCCGUUUUUAGACUCUUUGGCCCGUUUUUCUGCACUAGAAAUGCGCACCCACUCCGCUUUUAGA